AUGGCUCCUUCUGACCAAUCUCGUCAUUCUCUUGUCCCUGGAUUCCUAUACUCAUCAAAAACAACCUCCCAUUUGGAUGCUUUGAGGAAUACCAAUCAUGGGUUGCCACCAUCUACCACCACCUCCUCCAUUAUAUCACAUUUAUCAUCAUCAUCAUCAUCAUCACCAUCACAGGGUAGCACUAGGAGUCCUAUGAUCCCUGCACCCAAAGAGAGUAUUCGCAUGUUUUCUCCUGCUUACUACGCUGCAUGCAGUGCCGGUGGCAUCUUCAGUUGUGGUCUUACCCACAUGGCCGUUACUCCUCUUGAUCUUGUCAAGUGCAAUAUGCAGAUUGACCCUGUAAAGUAUAAGAACAUUACAUCAGGAUUUGGAGUUUUACUGAAGGAGCAGGGUGUUAAAGGUUUCUUCAGGGGCUGGGUACCAACUUUGUUUGGUUACAGUGCUCAGGGAGCGUGCAAGUUUGGAUUUUAUGAGUUCUUCAAGAAGUAUUACUCAGAUCUUGCAGGACCAGAGAAUGCAGCCAAGUACAAAACUUUCAUAUAUCUAGCUGGUUCUGCUUCAGCAGAAGUUAUUGCUGAUAUUGCCCUUUGCCCAAUGGAGGCUGUCAAAGUUCGUGUACAAACUCAGCCUGGCUUUGCUAGAGGUUUAUCAGAUGGGUUACCUAAGUUUGUCAAGGCUGAGGGUGCUGCUGGGUUGUAUAAAGGAAUAGUUCCUCUUUGGGGCCGUCAGAUUCCAUACACAAUGAUGAAAUUUGCUUCCUUUGAGACUAUUGUGGAGAUGAUAUACAAAAACGUCAUACCAAUCCCUAAAGAAAAGUGCAGCAAAAAAGAGCAGCUUGGAGUGAGUUUUGCGGCAGGAUAUGUGGCUGGUGUACUGUGUGCAAUUGUCUCACACCCUGCUGACAACCUCGUUUCUUUUCUCAACAACUCCAAGGGAGCCACUGUUGGUGAUGCUGUGAAGAAGAUUGGUUUAAUGGGUCUUUUCACUCGUGGCCUUCCUCUUCGUAUAGUUAUGAUUGGAACUCUAACUGGAGCUCAGUGGGGACUCUAUGAUUCAUUUAAAGUAUUUGUAGGACUGCCUACUAGCGGUGGAAGUGCUCCUGCACCUGCGAAGUAGAAACCACACAAACACACAUGCUUGACUAUGC